AUGAAAGCAGAAAAUGGACAGGCAGGUCAAGGAAAGUGUUGCCACGGCAAAAAUGGUGGCCAUUUAUACGUGGAUGUGCCAUUAAACACGCUUAUCAAACGACCAAGUGAAGAUGAACUUCGACCUGUAAAAGAGUCAAUUUGGGAACUAACCCAUGAUGGGGAAAUGUUUAUUGCUGCAAGAGGUGGUGCUGGUGGACAUGGUAAUGCUUUUUACCUAUCGAAUAUGGCAAGAAAACCGCUAAAAGCCGAAGAAGGAGGCCGUGGUGAAAAGGUAAAGGAUAGAUUAAGACGUUGA